AUGUCUAUCAAAUCCACCAUGAAGAGCCAAAACAUCAGCCACCAUGGCUUCAAUGCCAGCUCAACCAGAGUCCCAGGGGUCUGCCGCUCUGGCUUCAGCAGUGUCUCUGUGCCCCGCUCCAGGGGCAGUGGUGGCCUCGGUGGAAUGUGUGGAGGAGCUGGCUUUGGCAGCAGGAGCCUCUAUGGUCUGGGUGGCUCCAAGAGGAUCUCCAUUGGAGGGGGCAGCUGUGCCACCAGUGGCAGAUAUGGUGGCAGAGUUGGAGGUGGCUUUGGCUAUGGAGGUGGAGCCACAUGUGGAUUUGGUUUUGGUGGUGCAGCUGGUGGUGGCUUUGGGCUCGGUGGUGGACCUGGCUUUGCUGGUGGCUAUGGGGGCUCUGGUUUCCCUGUGUGCCCUCCUGGAGGCAUCCAAGAGGUCACCGUCAACCAGAAUCUCCUCACUCCUCUGAACCUGCAAAUCGACCCCACCAUCCAGAGGGUGAGGACUGAGGAGCGGGAGCAGAUCAAGACCCUCAACAACAAGUUUGUCUCCUUCAUCGACAAGGUGAGGUUCCUGGAGCAGUAG